UUUUCAGUUGAGUUUGGAACGCGUAACCGUUAAAACGUGCAGCGGAAUUUCAAGUGUCGCGCUGUUGAAUUCAAAUUGAAACGUUGUCGUAGCCGUUGCCGUUGUCAUUGCCAUUGUUGUUUUUGUUGUUGUUAUAAUUUUUGUUUAUUUUUUUCCCAAAUCAAUUGAUUAUUUUUUUUAUCGCCUGCUUGCCAUUUUCGGCUGUUACUGUUACCGUUACCGUUUGUUACGUGUUUUCGUCUUCGCCGCCAACAUGCAACGCGCACAAUUGAGCUGCGUCCUGAUCCUGGCAUUCAUUGCUUACGCAAAUGCUUUGGCUGUUGGCACACCCGAAUGCCCCGAGAAGCAUGGCGUUCAGGCCUAUGCCCAUACCGAGAACUGUGAUCAGUUCUUCCUCUGCACCAACGGCACCUUGACCCUGGAGACCUGCGAGAACGGUCUGCUCUUCGAUGGCAAGGGCGCCGUGCACAAUCACUGCAACUACAACUGGGCCGUCGACUGCAAAGGCCGUCAAUGGGAUCCCACGCCCAUUUCGACACCUGGCUGUGAGUAUCAGUUUGGUCUGUACGCCGUCUCGAAGGAAUGCUCCACCACCUACAUCAAAUGCGCCCACGGCGAGCCCCACGAACAGGACUGCGAUGCGGGUCUGGCGUACGAUGAACGCAUCCAUGGCUGCAACUGGCCCGAUCAGCUGCUCGAUCACUGCAAUCCCGAGGCUGUUGUUGGCUUCAAGUGCCCCACUAAAGUCGAUCCCAAUUCGGUGGCCGCUCGCUUCUGGCCCUUCCCCCGUUUCCCCGUGCAGGGCGAUUGCCAUCGCUUGAUCACCUGCGUGGAGGGCUAUCCGCGUCUGAUUAGCUGCGGCGAGGACAAGGUCUUCGACGAGCAUACGCUCACCUGCGAGGAUCCCGAAUAUGCCAGCGGCAGUUGUGCCAACUAUGGCAAAUAGUGUGAGCUAGACGAAGAAGAAGAAGAAGAAGAAGAAGA